AGCUCUCACUGACUAGCGUUGUUCCCAGCUGGCCAUGUCCAACCACCUUUCUCCUGUGUUUGGGUUUGCAGGAGCCUUCACCACAAUGUUCACUAACAAGAAGCACUUCACCAACGCCAUCAUCGGGGCACUGGUCGCACUUUCCAUCAUUGCCCUUGUUCUCAGCCUGGUGAAGAUUGAAGAUGUCACCCUGCCACCCACAGUCAAGUAUGGGAUGGUGUUUGAUGCAGGCUCAUCCCACACCUCUCUGUUUGUCUAUGAGUGGGAUUCAGACAAGGAGAACAACACCGGUGUGGUCAGCCAGACCUUGUCCUGUGACAUCCAGGGGCAAGGCAUAUCAAGCUAUGCCAAUGAUCCCCCAAAAGCCGGUGAUUCCCUAAGAGAAUGCCUGGAUAAAGCCCUGAAGGUUGUUCCUGCUGCAAAACAGAGGGAUGUCCCAGCUUAUCUCGGAGCAACAGCCGGCAUGAGGCUACUGAGGGAACAGAAUAGCUCAGCGGCAGAUCAAGUCCUGGCCGAAGUUGCUAAAACCAUGCGAGAGUACCCCAUGGCUUUCAAAGGGGCUCGAAUCCUUACAGGAGAGGAGGAGGGGGCUUAUGGCUGGAUCACCAUCAACUACCUGCUGGACUCCUUCGCUAAGUACUCCCCCAAAGCACACACGUGGGUUCAUCCAGAGGCAGCCAGCAUUUUUGGGGCACUGGAUCUUGGAGGAGCAUCCACUCAAAUCAGCUUUAUGCCCCAAGGUUCCAUGAUAAACUGGAACGAAGCCUCCAAGUUCACACUGUAUGGCUAUAACUACAACAUCUACACACACAGCUACCUCUGCUAUGGGCAGCAUGAGAUGCUGAAGCGACUGGCAAAGGAAUUAAUUGUGGAGUCGCCCUCCAGCACGCGAGUCGAUCACCCUUGCUACCCCAAAGACUACAAUGAAACUCUCUCGCUGUCUUCCUUCUGCACGAGCCCUUGCACAAACCAGAGCGACCCACGCCUGCCCCUGGGUGACAGGAACGUGACCCUGGAGGGCAGGGGCAAUGCCAGCAGGUGCCUGGCUGCUCUCAAGAAGCUGUUCAACUUCUCGGCAUGUGGCCAGAGCCAGGAAUGCACCUUUGACGGCAUCUACCAGCCCCUGGUCCGAGGGCAGUUCAUUGCCUUCUCUGCUUUUUACUAUAACUUCAAGUUUCUCAACCUGACGGAGGGGCAGUCGCUGGCCACUGUCAGGGAGACCAUUGAGCAAUUCUGCAGAAGAAGCUGGGAAGACCUGUCUUCUAGCUACCCCCAGGAGAAUCCUGAGCGACUGCCUAAAUACUGCGCCAAUGCCAACUACAUCCUCACGCUCCUCCUCGAUGCCUACAAGUUCAAUGAGACCAGCUGGAAGAACAUCUUCUUCCAGAUGAAGGUGGGGGGCGCUGACAUCGGUUGGACACUGGGGUACAUGCUGAACCUCACCAACAUGAUUCCGGUGGAGGCUCUGGUGCGGGUGAAGGGGCACAUUCCUUCCCUGUGGGCUGCAGCCAUCGCCUUCAUCAUCCUCACCCUUGCCUUGGGGCUUGCUGCCCUGCUUCUGCUCUUGUGGGUGUAGGAGCCUCGCUGCCUUUCGGAGCCCAGCAGGUGUGCAUCAGGGCUGGAGGGCCAGCUGUGCUGGGGUCCCCCGUGCUUCUGCCUGCAGGACUGGCAGCCUGAGGCUGGCUCAGUGAUGCUGAUGAACAUGUUAACCUCUACAGCACCAAAGAACUGAGGUCUGGCCUCCCACGGGAUGGGCUCCCAACAUGCAGACAGGCACUAUGUGAGGUUUUCAGGGGGGGUCCGCUCCUGUGGAGACCUGCUGAGAUCAGAGCACGUGCCACAGAAGCCUCAGCCAUGCCUCUCUGCCUCCUUACACCACUAUGCCUGUUGCACAUAUUGCCUCCAUCCACCAGCUGGCACAUGGGGCCAUGGAGAGCCAGCUUGGCCAUGGAAGAGGUCCCCGAGUGCCAGAUGGCUAGUGCACAGCUGCAGGCACUUGGUGACAGGGUGCUGACCAUGGUUGCCAACAGCCAGGCAGGUCCUUGCCAGGUUUGUCAGCAUGAGGGCAUGCAAGGCUCUGCGGUAUGCCAGCUGGCUCUCCUGAGGGUUUGUUGUUUGGGCUUACCUGAUGGUCUUGGAGACAGAAGGAAAACUGAGCAUCCAAAAUCAGAAACAUGGUCCAUGCCUCCCCAGGGGGUCCAUCUCAUAUCUCAUCUCAUCUCAUCUCAUCUCAUCUCAUCUCAUCUCAUCUUCCUUUCUUUCUGGGACAAAGGGACUGAUGUUCCUGGGUGUCUUCCUGGAAACAACAUUGUCCCACCAGCAGAAGGCCUGGACACUGUGGGUGUCAGGCUGAGACUCCAGCAGCUGCAAGUUCUGCCCUGACCCUGUGCACACGGCUGAGCUGAGUCCUGCCCAUGACUACGCCCUUGCCUUUGCCUUUGGUUCUGAUCACUUGUUACCUGCCCUGUGGAUGACUCAUCUUGUUAUUUGCCUGCCAGCAGCAAGAUGACCUUUGGUGUCUGCAGAAAGGCAGGUGUCCCACAGCUCUCGUCAUCCAAAUAAACAUUGUAAAGGGCAGCAGAUGGGAAAAUACCUGCUACUUUGCUCCUGAACGGUUACAAUUUUAUUGCUUCCGUCUCCAGGUAAGGGCUGGUGAUGACGAUGGUGCCUCAGGGGAGAGUCAACAUUGCUCAGUGCUAUGGGAGAUGCCGCUGGAGACCCUGAAGUGUCUGCCAGACCUCUGAGAGGAGCUAGCAGGGCACCAGGACAGACCUUUUCCUUCUGAGGCCCAGGGUGUCUCACCUCACUCAUCCACUGGCUACCAGUGGGACUCCCCAGAACUGUAAGGGGGUCCCUGGGAGCUGCCCCUAACAUGUUCUGGCAGCAUUCCCCAAUCACCCUGUGCACUGGAAAGGGAGGUUGAGACGUCUGCCAGGCACAGACAGGGGGUGUAGCUGGACUGGAGAGGAACCUUGUGCAGGAAAGUAGGGGGCUGCUGCCAUCCCCCACCUCACAGGGCUUCUCAGUCCCAUCUAUGGGACCAGCUUCCCCCCAUAGCCCCAACACCGCUGCCCCCCUGGUGGGUGCUGGCCCUGGGCAAUGGAGACCCUCACCCUGGGAUGGUGCAGGACACAUCUGCCCACAUGGGGCAUGUGCCGCAGGCUGGAACCAGCCCCGGGCAUGAGCCCGUUGCUGCCGGACAGCCCUUCUCCCUGACCUACCGUCUCCAGCUGCCCCACAUCACUGUGGUGCCCAUGCCCCCAGUGCUGA